AUGACUAUGACCAGCACUACAAAUAUGAAUGAACUAUCAACUCCACCACCAGAAAUUGACCAAGAAGCCAUGAGAAAGCAGUUUGAGAACAUGUCCAGCAACGAAAUGUCUCGACAUUUUGCAGAGAGCUACAAACAACUUUCCGAAAUACUUGGCAAUCGCAUCAGCCUCUCCGACAACUCAAGCACUUCAACAGCUACCAAUGACGCUGAUUUCAUGGAACAGGACCAAGCUCAAAUCUCUGAACGCACUGACUUGACGUUGGAGGAGAAGAAGCACAUGCUGAACAAACUGUUUCUCAAGUCAGUUUCCAGCGGAAAUGUGGAGAAAGUGAAUGAAUUUUUGAAGAAUCCAUUGAUCGACAUUGAUGGCAAAGAUGAGGAUAAUACAACCGCUUUAAUUUACGCUGCAUGUUUUGGAAAAUUUGAAAUUGCCCAAGCUUUAUUGUUGGCAGGAGCAAAACUGGAUAACCAAGACUCACAUGGUUGGACUGCAUUGAUGUGGGCUACUACCAACAAUCAUGAAAGUUUGGUUAAACUCUUGCUUGAGAACGGUGCUUCAGCUCAAACCAAGUCAGCCAAAGGAAGAACUGUCUUUGAUUUCGUCAAGAAUGAUUCACAAAAGAUUGCAGACAUUCUGUACAAUCCUCGCGAUAGUAUUUCAUCUACAUCCAGCAUCAUGGGUUACAAUGCAGACAACAGAAGCUCAACUUCAUCGAACGCUGGUGAUUGUGAUCGCUACUACCAAUACUCCACUGAAGAAAACUAUGAAAACUUUCUCUCUCAUGAUAACGAAUGCAGACCCAAGCUGAUCGAAGAGUUUUUGAAUUAUGACAAGGACAACGAUGAUGCUGACGAGGAGGACGGGGAGCAGCAUGGUCCAUACGGUGACGACGACGGCGAUGAUGAUGAGGAGGACGAGGAUGAGGAGCAAGACAAAGAAAUAGAAUUCAACUGGGACAGAUGUAUGCCUGAUCAGAUGUUUGUGUUCGCUGCAGAUGAUCUCCCUUACAUUCUUGAUACAGUAAUCACAAAGCUUACUCUGCCUGUACGCAAUGUGCAGGAAAUUUUCUUACCUGCCAACGUCGUCUUUUUGAGUGCUCGAUUUGCCCAUUACUUUUCCAGCUCUGAAUUAGCAGAGGAUGUGAUGGAAGGUGCUUUGCAUCGAAUCAGUAACAAUAUCAAGAACAACACACAAAAUGUGCAUAUCUUGUCUUAUUGGAUGACCAACAUUACUCGCCUCUUGUACUACCUCAAGAAGGACGCAGAGCUCGUUGUGGCCACAGCAGAAUACCAGCUUCGAUUAUCUGAACUUGUGUCCGAAACCUACAACUACAUGGUCAACGACAUUGGCAAGCGCAUUGCUCAAAUCUUGGAACCAGCCAUGUUGGAACAUGAUCCCAUCUCUGGCUUCGAGGAUGUCAAUUUCGUAGACGACUGGCAGCGGUUUUUCAGACGCAGCACGAGCAGCAGAAAGUCAGAAGACGGCUCGCAGAUGCAACGCAGUAACACCAACUCAUCGACAAUGACAGCAGCUACGACUGCCACGAAUGAACUGCCCACCCGAGUCAUCUCUCCUAAAACCAUCACUCAACUAUUCUCUUCGACAUUUUAUGUGCUCCAAUCCUACGAGGUGCAUUCCACCAUCAUCAUUCAAGCACUCGCUCAGUUUUUCCACUUUUUGUCGUGCGAAUUGUUCAACCACAUCUUGUCCAAGAAGAAGUACCUGUGUCGCUCCAAAGCAGUGCAAGUGCGCAUGAACCUGUCUGCACUUGAAGAAUGGAUCCGUCAUAACCAUUUGCCCCCCAGUUUGAUCUCCUAUUUGAACCCUUCUAUUCAACUCGUUCAGUUACUGCAAUGUGUAUCCCAAUUGGACACACCAGCAAGUUUCCAAUCCACCGUCAAAAUGUUUGACACCAUCAACCCACUUCAAAUCAAGCGCUGUGUCAUGAACUAUCGCUAUGAAACGAAUGAACAGCGAAUCCCCGAAGAAAUCGAAAAGCUGGUCAAUUCAACCGUCGACGAGACCAUCCGGUUGAAGCAAGCCAGACAAUCAAGAUCCUUUGAAAGAAGACGCAAGAGCAUCCCUGUCAGUCAACAACUCAGAAGAUCUCUGUCAAACUGUGGAAGUGAGAUUAUGGGAAGCAUCUUUAACAUGGUUGAAGAAAAGCCUGCUGUCAAUGCCGCAGAGGAAAAGAAGCAGCAAGAGCAAGAUGACAAGAAGCACAACAGCGAAGAAGAAGAAGAAUACAAGGAGGAAAUCAAUGAAACGAAGGAUUCUAGAUUCAUGCUGCCCUUCUUUGUUCCUACAACAGCUCAACUAUCACAUGCAGGUGGAUGGUCUCAGAAGGAACGCAUCUUGCUGGUUCCUGUCAUUCCAGAAGACUGGAUGGAUAAAUUGGACCACAGUGACAAAACCUCCUCAUCCUAA